GGUUUCCAGUUGUACACAACUCCAAUGGGUGGAAAUAAAGUAAACAUGGCUUUGGAUGACGUCAUCGCCUGGUACAAAAAGCGCCGUGAGGAUAAGGACAAGGUUGACAGACAUAUGACAAGUCGUGGAAAAAGUCCGAAUUACAAGCGACAUCAUGCUUUGCAUUCCACAUCGGUGUCACGCUAUCGUCGGCCUGCCACAUAUCAUUCAUACAGAGGUAGUGGGAAAAAAGCGGCGGAACGAGAAUCAGGCCGCAUAGAUGGACACAGACGAUCUGCGUGGAGCUAUGUUGCUGUGAACGAGGUUCUUCGUGCUGUGAGAGAGGCAAGAGAAAGUGAUGAUAAGAAGCUAUACAUUGUGGACUGGUUGUCGCGAAACGAGGCCAUUUGGAAGAAGUCGUCCGAAAGGGAAGCCCACUACAGGCGCAAAAUGCGCAAAGAAUUGGAGCAAAAGGCCAAGGAAGAAAAUUUGCACAAGAAUGAAUAGUUGUUAAAGGAAGAAUAGUUUUUUUUAGUUUGAAUAAAUUGUUAAUUACUGCA